GACUGAGAUAGUGUAUUAAUUAAUUAAUGAUUUGGAUUUAUCGACAGGGAACUGUUAUUCAGGGUUUUGUUCCGGCUGGUCGUGUAGGAACAUUUGAUCUCUCAGCUGGUUCCGUCUAUAAGUUGACCAACUUUUUCGGAUCCAGAAGCAAAAUUCAGUAUCGGGUUGCUGAUCAUAGCGCCACCGUUUCAUUCUCUUGGAAUUCUUCUUUGUCGGUCUUUGAGAAUCCUCCGGUUCUCUUUCCAGUAGAUAGGUUCAGGUUCCACAGCUACGAUGAGUUUAGGGCCAACUGUGACUCCAAGGGUGAUCUUUAUGACUAUGUUGGCCACAUGAAGCUGGUGAAUGGGCAAACUAUCUCUGAACACAUGGUUCUUGACGAAGCUGAUAUAGCAGAGAAACGGCAUCUGUGUGUUCAUGUUCAGGCACUUGACGGACCAGUGAUGAAGCUCUAUCUAUGGGACCAGGCUGCAUCCGACUUCUGCCAGAAAUUCAAAUCGUAUGGAGGGACUCCAAGCGUUCUUCUGGUCACCACAGUGAAUCCUAAGCAUCUUGGAGGAACCCUUGCUAUCACUUCUAUGUCCUCAUCUCGAGUGUUCAUGGAUUCCGACGUCCAGCCUAGCAAGGACUAUCUCGAAUGGUUGAAUUCUAACGCAGAAAUUGCUAAUAGUGUUGCUGCUGAGGUUGUCACUAAGCCGGAGGCAGUGACUCUUGAGGAGCUAUUCACCUACAUCAAGCAAGAAACUUCAAAGGUACAAUAUUUUUUUAUUUUUUUAAUGUUUUUAAAUACGUUUGCAUGUGCAUGGGAACUAAUGAGGUUUAUUUUAAUUUCCACGAUGAAGGUCGCUUGGUUUGAAUGCACGGCAACAAUAGAUGAUGUUGUCCGGGGUUCUCCUUGGUAUUACAUUUCUUGCGGUGGAUGUAAUAGCAAGGCUUUCAAAGGUCAUACCUCUAUGAUUUGCAACAAUAAGAAGUGUUGGAAGACUGAGAUCACAGGCGUUCCUCAGUACCUCACAAAGAUAUCAGUUUAUGAUAAGAGUGAGCAAGCAGUUUUUGUCAUUCUUGGCGAUGCUGGCAAGGAGCUGAGUGGGAAACAUGCUGCAGAAUUGGUUGCUACUUAUUUUGAGUCUAAUGAAGGAGUUGGAGCUGAUCAUUGUGUGCCGAUCCCGCAAGCUUUACUUGACACGAUAGGCCAGACUCGCAAAUUCAUCGUCAAAGUCUCGGAUCACAAUUUCUCAGGCAAGACUCAGACCAUAACUGUAACGAAGAUACUCCCACUGGCAGUUGCUCUUCCAGCAACAUCCGAGGAACCUGGUGCUUCCAGUGGCUUUGGAAACUCUGCGGGUGAUAGGGCUAGAAAAGCAGCUGAGAUUCUUGAGGCAGAUGAGGCCAAGCGGUGCAAGAGUGGCUGAUAUAGCUUCAAGCUCUCCUCAUACGCAGUGAUUGUUUUUGCUGCAGUUCGAGUUAUGUUUUAUGCUUUCUGAAUGACUUUGCGUUUUUUUCAUUUCAACUUUCAGACUUUUGUCUUUUAUGUUUAAGUUCCUUGAAUACAAUUUUCAUUUUAUGGUUUUUACGAUCUCUUAAGCCA